UUAUCUUCUGAUUAGUGCGUGUUUGUCCCGAGUCGCGAACGGAGGCUGGAGCGCUUCCCUUUUUCUCCGAAACUGAUAAGCAGAGUUAAAAGUUAAUCUCACAAGAUGAAGCCACUGAUAGCGUUUGUGCUCGUGGGACUGCUGGCCAGUAGUUGCCACAUUGCCCGCUCGCAGGAAGCUGGCGAAGUUGUGGAACAGGAAGCGAGCGAGUCGGAUGACGCACUUGAGAUCAAGAAGAGCCAGGCGGCCAUGGUCGCCCAGGUGGAGGCCCUGCUGGAGCACUUCAAGCAGGAGGAUCCGAAGGGGCUGCCCGGCGUGCCUGUUCCCGAUCCCCUGGAGGUGCCCGACGUAAAGAAGAGCAUGGGCAUGGCCAACCUGGACAUGAAGAAGGUUAAUGCCUACGGACUGUCCAAGUUCCGCAUCGACAAAAUGAACCUGGACCUGAAGGAGAUGAAGUUCAAUGGUGGCCUCCAGCUGGACCAGAUGCUGGUAAAGGGCCAGUACACGCUAAGCUCGUUCUUUUCCAAAGCUAAUGGACCCUUCACAGUGAUUCUGAAGAACGUGUACGCGGAUGCCACGGCCUACUUGGCCGUCGAGCGUGAUGGCCACCUGGCCACGGACCGCAUCAAGAUCGACAUCACCUUUUCGGACAUGACCAUGGACUUCCAGAACCUCGGCAUGGUGGGCAGCAUCUUCCAGAGCGUGGUGAACGGCGCGCCCAACCUGGUGUUCGACGCCAUGAAGCCGUUCAUGCUGCAGGAGGCGGACAAGAAGCUGCGCGCCCAGAUCGACACGAUGAUCCAGGACACGCUGGGCGACCGGCGUCUGCCCAACUCGAUAACGCCUCUGGACAGCGCCAUCGCCAUGGCUCGGAAGCUGGUGCGCGAGAAGGGCUACGAUCCGUACCACCUGCCCGACGUGAACCGCACCAUGGGCGUGUUCAGUGUGCAGCUGACGCACACCUGGAUCAACGGAAUCUCCAGCUUCUACCGCGUGGGCAACAUAACCGCCGGGAUGGCCAACAACACGGUGUCGGUGGUCGUGCAGAUCGGCACGCAGCAGGUGACGGGCGCCGGCCAGUGGGAGGUGGGCCUGGGCAUGAUGACCCGCGUGGGCCACGUCCAGUUCACCGUGCAGCACAUUCGCGCCACCGUGGGCCUGAGCCAGUCGCUGGACACGCGCAAGCGGGCGCAGGUCACCGACCUGCAGUUCGACAUGGGCAACAUCCAGGUGCGCUGCGACGGAGCCGGAACCCUGGACUACGUCAUGGAGUUCGCGGUGAACGUGAUCCCCAACCUGCUGCGCUACCAGAUCAUGGACGCCAUCGAGAACCCCAUCAAGCAGCGCGUCCAGGAGAAGUUCAACGCCAUCGACGUGGAGCAGGUCAUCAAGCAGAUGGCCCAGAACGACUUCAAGUUCGAUCCGAAGAUGCUGGGCCUGUGAGCCGUUAGAAAGUAAGAGUUUUUGCAAUCGAAUAAAGGUUUAUCCCUGGAACACGGGGAAUCACAAGCUA